AUGGGGGAUGGCCUUGCACAGACGAGUGCGGGCAGUUCCGCUGCUCCGGGCGGUGGCGGCAAUUCGGCUGGUCGAGUACUAACUACGCCGAAGUGCGCGAGCUCAUAUUAUUGGGGACGAUUAACAACUAGGGCGGCUUGUUGUCAGACGGCUAGCGGCUCUGACGUCUCGCUGAUUGCGAGCAAAAUUGUUCUGCUCUUCACGCUUCCCUUGCUCUCAAGUCGACCACGCUUUCCCUGCCGUUUGUCGACGCGCAGCUAUGAAACAGUAGCACAGCAUACGCGGCAUGCAACGCCGUCAAAGGCAGCCCCACGCCAUUCGUGCUCGUCGCCCGCCAUCCAGCUGUACGCACCCGUCUAUACCAAUGGCAAAUCCCGCAUAUCCCGGCUCGUCGAAGCCAUCGCCAGACGACCAAUCGGCUGCCUCACGCCCUCGAUCGAUGCGGCCCUCACACCCGCUCGAAAGCCGCACCCUUCGCAUAGCAUAUUGCCAUAGAAACCCCAGCGCGGCCGUCGCAACCAACAAAACCGACACCCACAUGGCAACCUCUUUUGGCUGCAGGGUGAUUACACCUUGACGCAACUGGACAUCCAAUCAGAAUCCCUAGUUUUCGCUUUAUGAGUCACACCUGUGUGGUUAGUAAUUG